AUGGAGCAAAAAGCUGAUCUUAGCGAAGUUGCCUCGUUUGACGCUUCUAAACUUAAGCAUGUUAAGACGGUGGAGAAGAACACGCUUCCAUCAAGCGAAAGUAAGGCUAAGACUAUCGUUGUACCAUAUUUUAUCUGCACCACUCAAGAAUUUGGCUUACUUCCUUUGAACGAAAUCAAACGAAUAUUCGUCAUUAUUUCAGUUCUUCGUUACUUAACGUAGCUAAGUCAAAAAGGCUUGUUUGAGCCAAAACGUUGGCGCAAAAUUUGAGCUAAUCGCAAGGCUUAUAAUUGCAGCAUUGUGGAAUGGAAUCAGCUGUGGUAUAGUUUGCUUCUUAUGCACCUCUAUGAAACGCUUUUGUUUUCAUGAUGGGAGCUGAUUACUAAUGAUGUUGUUUUUUCGUAGCUGUGAAGCAAGAAUUACAACCAGAUGAGUUCCCCGAUAGAUCUGAGGUGAAAAGUUUUGACACCUCCAAGCUCAAGAAGACGCACACCGAAGAGAAGAACCCCUUACCUUCAAAAGAAAGUACGAUUAUUCGUUUUCUAACCGCUAAUGUAGUAUUGUUUAUUUCAGUUUCAAUUAGAAUUGACACGAAAAUGUUUUGUUAAGCUUCUUUCCCUAUCAUUGCAAGCUUAAUUUAUUAUUCACCCAAUAUUUUGUUAUUUCGAUCUUCAGCAAUUGCUGAAGAACAUCGGACUGCGCCAUUUUCUGGAGUGGAAGUUUUCAACAAGAAUUUGCUGAAGCACGUGGAAACUGAGGAAAAAACCCACCUUCCGACUCCUCAAGGUUAGUUUAAACUUUCCUUCUCCUAAACCCGAAAAGGUUCCUUAUUAAAUGCAGCUCCUACAGCCAGAUAAAUAUCACUUAAACCCCACUCGAGCUGUAUAAAAUAUUAAUUUUGAGGCUCGCACGUACCACUCCAUGAUCGUGCUGUUGUGCUUAUGACCUCGGAAGACAUUCAAAACAUAGUUUUUCUUAUGUCACGUUUAGAGGCAGUAGACAAUAAGAGUUAUUUUCAAUGGCUGACAAAGGCUUUUCCGCUCGAAAAAAUUACGUGCGAUCAGUCCGCGUUUCACGUCACGAUCAUCACUUCCCAAACGCAUUCGAUUUUUAGUUGAAUCUUGGCUCAUGUAAUUUGAGACUACAGAAAAAUGUGCACGUUUUUUGACAUUUUAAUUUGGCUUAGUCACCGGAAAUGAACAUAAAAGCGAGUUUACUAGUGGGGCAUGAAUUCUGUCGAAUAACCAUUGCUAAAUGUCCUACGUAAAAAAAGAUAUAACAAAUAUCCUCUUGGCUACAGAAUGGUCUGUAGUCAACCACAUCCUUUCCUCGCUUCCUAUCUUUAAAAGUUUCCUGAUCGUCAACAGCUGCAUACUUUUAAGGUGUGUUUCUAUUUUUUAAGCUACGAAAUCUAGCUCGCUAUGUCUGCAAUUUGCACUGAAAUGCGUCUAAGGUUUAAUAUGCAUAAUAUGCUAAGUAUCAGCUGCAUAGCGAGAAUUUGAUCACUUUAUCAUAACAAAGACUAUAAGAGUUUUGGAUUCUGGAAAAUUAUUGUUAUAUUGCCUUACCAACUAAGACAAUAACUUCACAUUUAAAUAGAUUUUUUUGUUUUUAUCAGUCAGAUUGUAGUCCAUAUAAGGUCAUGACAGUUAAGAAUUGUGCUACAUAAAUUAAAAUAGAUAAUUUGAAUAGCUAAAUUGUUGCUGUUUAUAGGGUAACCAAGGAUUAUUGCUUAUAGUUGUAUGCUCUUCCAAACAAUAGAUUCCUUUUGACUGUCCUGCAAGGUCAAUCAAAAGCAAAUUUCUCCUUUUAUAUCAGAACUAAAUUGAUCAUAAAGGUAAUGAGAAUUCGAAGUAUAAUCAGCCAAAAUCUUCUUGUUAUAUCAAUGACCUUCAAACUCUGUCCUGUGCUUGGGUCAUGACAAGUAUUGCAUUUUUUCUAGAUCUUCGUGAGGAACUGCGACCAGACAAACUACCAGAUGUAUCUGAAGUCGCAAGCUUUGAUGCAUCUAAAUUGAAGCAUGUUGAAACAAAGGAAUCUAAUGUGCUGCCCAGCAAGGAAGGUAACAAUUUGUUUGCUUGGUUGUUCUGAAGAUGCACAUUACCUCAGAUGUGUUGUACAUACAUUGUAAUGGCUUUUUCUGUUAAUUCAUUACUUGAAAUUACUUGAACCAGUCCAUUUGCUACAACUCUUCGACCUCACUAAGUUUUGCAAGAUGUUGCCCCAUUGUGCUAUAUACAGCUUUUUCGAGAAAGGUUGUCGGAAAAAGUGCACAUAACAAUCCGGAAAGGUAUUGUGGGUGGUUUUGAGUUCACUGUUCUUCAAAGAAAUUUAAAAGAAUGGCAGGAGAGGCCAUGGAUAUAUGUUUGCGAAUACUAAAGGAAAGUAACAAAAGUAGGCUCGACAGCUACAGUGUCAGGAUCAGUGAAUUGAUCGUAUCCCAUAUUACCGUUUGGGAUUGUCACGUGCACAUUUUUUCCAACAUUCUUUCUUGAAAUAGCUGUAUAAUUUUUUUUAACUUCCUUAAGUUACUUGGGUAUUUGUUUUUUCUAGUCUAGCCUGGUAAUGCCGCAUGCCCACUUUUAUAGUGUGUAAUAAUAAUAAUAAUAAUAACAACAAUAAUAAUGUCCAUUGUUUACCCUUGGCAGUAUCUUAUAACACUGAAACAAAUAAUUCAAAUUAAACUUAACAGGGUUAAGAACCCCAACUGGCCAGAGGCAAACCAUUUUGCUAUUUACAAGCAUGGUUGAGGAUUUGAACUCCGGACUACCAUGAACAAAUCCAGCAAGCGGUCAGAUCGGGACUUGAACUCGGGGCCUCAGAAUUGCAAGUCCAGUGAUAAUAUACUUAUUGAUCAUAACGUUACUUUUCUCUGUUAAGUUAUCAGAGAGGAAGCGAUCGACUCCAGAGCAGAAGUGAAGUCUUUUGACAAAAGUCACCUCAAACAUGUUGAAACUGAAGAAAAACAUUUUAUGCCCUCUGCACAAGGUAAUGAUUUCAGAAAUUAGAAUUAUUACAUUACAGCUUUAAUAAAGAUCCUAUGGUGUGACCAUACAAAUAAAAUCUACUGAGCAGUACUUUCCUGUGGUACUGUUUAUUAUGCUGCACAAGGUGGUUCUAACUGUUGAGUCUGUGGAUGAAAUCCUAUGGUGUGACCAUUCAAAUGAAAGCUACUGAGCAGUACUUUCCUGUGGUACUGUUUAUUAUGCUGUACAAGGUGGUUCUAACUUUUGAGUCAGUGGAUGAAAUCCUAUGGUGUGACCAUUCAAAUGAAAGCUACUGAGCAGUACUUUCCUGUGGUACUGUUUAUUAUGCUGUACAAGGUGGUUCUAACUUUUGAGUCUGUGGAUGAAAUCCUAUGGUGUGACCAUUCAAAUGAAAGCUACUGAGCAGUACUUUCCUGUGGUACUGUUUAUUAUGCUGUACAAGGUGGUUCUAACUUUUGAGUCUGUGGAUGAAAUCCUAUGGUGUGACCAUUCAAAUGAAAGCUACUGAGCAGUACUUUCCUGUGGUACUGUUUAUUAUGCUGUACAAGGUGGUUCUAACUUUUGAGUCUGUGGAUGAAAUCCUAUGGUGUGACCAUUCAAAUGAAAGCUACUGAGCAGUACUUUCCUGUGGUACUGUUUAUUAUGCUGUACAAGGUGGUUCUAACUUUUGAGUCUGUGGAUGAAAUCCUAUGGUGUGACCAUUCAAAUGAAAGCUACUGAGCAGUACUUUCCUGUGGUACUGUUUAUUAUGCUGUACAAGGUGGUUCUAACUUUUGAGUCAGUGGAUGAAAUCCUAUGGUGUGACCAUUCAAAUGAAAGCUACUGAGCAGUACUUUCCUGUGGUACUGUUUAUUAUGCUGUACAAGGUGGUUCUAACUUUUGAGUCUGUGGAUGAAAUCCUAUGGUGUGACCAUUCAAAUGAAAGCUACUGAGCAGUACUUUCCUGUGGUACAUCUGUUUAUUAUGCUGUAAGGGGUGGUUCUAACUUUUGAAGCUGCACAAAAAGCGCUUAUAAUAACCACUACUCUCAAAUGGCCCUUUUUUCCAAUAUUUCCACAAUGAAAUUUGGAAUUUGUCUUGAACAUUGCUUUUCCUCGCUACUGCAAGCUGAAUUGUGAACAUUCUUUUCUUCCUGUAGAUCUCACGGCUGAUAGAAUGCCACCUCCAAAUAAACGUCCCGACCGUUCAGAAGUGACCAGUUUUGAUCAGAGCAAACUAAAUCAUGUACCCACUACAGAAAAGGUUAUCCUUCCUAGUAAAGAAGGUAAAACAUCCUUACAUCAAAAUUUAAAUUCUCAUUUUGUUGUCUUUUUACAAUUUCUGUAGCUAUGGUAGGGAGAAGUUAAGUUCAUUAAUUUUUAUUUUGUGUGAUCAUGUCCUUAAAUUGCACUGACCACCUCUGUUUAAUAAAGCAUCGUUUUUGAAAGGAGAAAAUUGAUGCUGAUCACAGCUCUUAAGGUGACCGUUACCCUGGACAGUUCACAACAACAAUUUUCAGGGUAACACAAUGUUGCAGCAUUGUUUCGGAUAGCUGCAACAUUGUUCCAACAUUGCAACAUGGUGCUCCGCUAAAAAUCGUCUUUGCAAAUUGUCCCGUUUAACAUCACCUUUGUGGCUUAAAUUUACAUUUCAAGGGCUUGGUUUCUGGGAUUUUCUUGUCUUUGAGGGGAACUAAGCAGAUGUGAGUGUAUGUGUUCAAUAUUGAUGUUAAUUUUCUUGUUAUUUGCAGACAUUGACGAGGAAGCAAAAGAUUCCAGAGUGGAGGUCAAAACAUUUGACAAAAGCAAGUUAAAACAUGUGGACACCAAAGAAGAAAACACGCUCCCUGGAGCCGGAGGUGAAACAUCAAAUUUCUCUGUUUCCUACUGAAAUUAACACUAAACUAUCAUAGUUAGAUGUAAUGAAGGGGACACUUGACAGAUCCUACCGUGUGCCACAAACAAGUGUGUCUGUGAGCCAGCACCAAAAUCCUAGCUCUGAGCCCGCACUUGUGUAUCAGGAUUUGAGUAUUUGCCAUGAAUGGCCUGUUAAAAAAACCAUUGUCAAUUUGCCAAUCAGGGUUAAGGCAAAUACCCAAAGGAUAAUUAAAUUUAAACCAAGAAUGAAAUUGAACAGUGACGUAUUAAUCAAAAUAUGUUAUUUCCGAAGUGUGGACUCCUAAUGAAGUGUGAUAAGUAAUGCCAAAGUUAUUUCUUGUUUAAUGGGUUGUGUUUGAGUAGGUGAACAGAAAAAAACUGAACUCACAGACUGUUGUUCUAAUAAUUCAAUCAUUUUUGUCAGAUAUUCGUGCAGAAAUGAUGCCAGAUGUGCUUCCUGACCGCUCAGAAGUUAGCAAGUUUGAUCACUCAAAG